AUGAAGCCGGAGAUCGAGCAAGAACUGUCUCAUGUGUUGCUGACGGAGCUUCUGGCUUACCAGUUUGCCUCGCCUGUCAGAUGGAUUGAGACUCAGGACGUUUUUUUAAGAGACUUCAACACGGAACGCGUUGUUGAGAUUGGGCCUUCCCCCACUUUGGCGGGCAUGGCUUCGCGUACGAUAAAGGCGAAGUACGAGUCCUAUGAUGCAGCGCUUUCCUUGCAAAGACAAGUUCUGUGCUACUCAAAAGACCAAAAAGAGAUUUACUACAUUCCAGAUCCUGCAGAUAUUGUGACCGCUCCCGAGGAUCCUCUCCCACCGUCAAAGCCAUCUGACUCAUCUGCAACUCCAGCAAACGCCUCUUUCCCUGUUGCCAAUCAACAAACCACCCCAGAGCCCGCACAGGCAGCAGUCAGCAUUCCUGAUGAGCCUGUCAAGGCUUCGCUGGUUUUGCAGGCGUUAGUUGCCCAUAAAUUGAAGAAACCUCUCAGUGACAUUUCAAUGGGGAAAGCAAUAAAGGAUCUUGUUGGUGGAAAAUCUACCGUUCAGAAUGAAAUUCUUGGUGAUUUAGGUAAGGAGUUUGGAGCUACUCCUGAGAAGCCAGAAGAUUCACCAUUGCAAGAGCUUGCUGAGCAGUUUCAAGAGACAUUUCAGGGCUCCUUGGGAAGACAGUCUUCCUCUCUUGUCGCAAGAUUAAUGAGUUCCAAAAUGCCUGGUGGUUUUUCGGUAGGUGUGGCCAGAAAGUAUCUUCAAACUAGGUGGGGACUUGGCCCUGGGAGACAGGAUUCUGUUCUAUUGUAUGCUCUUACAAACGAGCCGAGCCAAAGGUUAGGUUCAGAAGCUGAUGCUAAAUUAUUUCUGGAUUCUGCCUCCAAUUCUUAUGCCUCUCAAAACGGAAUCACCUUAUCCCAAGCUUCAUCUCAAGGCUCUGGUGGCUCUGGUACAUCUGCGGUAGUUGACUCCGCUGCUCUUGAUGCCGCAAUGAAGGAGAAUAAAACCCUGGCCCGUCAACAAUUAGAAACUCUGGCAAGAUACUUGAAUUACGAUUUGAUGAAAGGUGAAAAACUCCUCCUUAAGGAAAAAGAAGCUACCGCUCUUCUUCAAGCUGAGCUUGAUUUGUGGGCCGAGGAGCAUGGUGAAUUCUAUGCUUCGGGUAUUAAACCUGUUUUUUCAUCCUUGAAAGCUAGAACUUAUGAUUCGUACUGGAACUGGGCCAGACAAGAUGCGUUAUCCAUGUACUUCGAUAUCAUUUUUGGAAAGCUGACGUCUGUUGACAGGGAGACUGUCACUCAAUGCAUUCAAAUUAUGAAUAGAGCCAAUCCAACUCUCAUAAGAUUCAUGCAGUACCACAUUGAUCAUACUCCAACUCAUAAAGGUGAGACAUAUGAACUUGCGAAGAAGCUUGGACAACAACUAAUUGACAAUUGUCGUGAAGUUCUCAAUAAAAGUCCAAUUUAUAAAGAUAUAUCCUACCCCACCGGACCAAAGACAACUGUGGAUAAAAAGGGACGCAUCAUUUACACUGAAGAAGCGCGACCAGCUGUUAGAAAGCUGGAACAAUAUGUUCAUGAAAUGGCACUGGGCGGUGAAUUAACAAAGGAGCCUCAGCCGUCCAUUAAAGAUGACCUUUCAAGGAUAUAUAAAGCUAUUUCCAAGCAGGCAUCGGCUGAAAGCAAGAUUGAAUUUCAAAAACUCUAUGCUAAACUGCUAGACUUUGUCGAUCAGUCAUCCGAAAUUGAGGUCUCAAAGUCUGCGAAGGCCGUCCUUGGUGACGAAAGUGUUCCUGAAUCCGACAGUGACACUGAUGAGAUUGCUUCGCUAAAGGAUUAUGCAGAAAUUCAUAAGCCUGUUUCAAGUACUAUUCCACCCGAAACAAUUCCCUUUUUGCACAUUCAGAAGAAAGACAGAUUGGGCUUUUGGAGGUAUGAUAAACAUGCCUCCUCUUUAUAUUUAGAUGGUCUUGAGAAGGGUGCAGUUAAUGGCAUAACGUUCAAAGGAAAGUAUGCUUUGGUCACCGGGGCCGGGGCAGGCUCAAUUGGAGCUGAAAUUCUUCAAGGAUUAUUGUCAGGUGGUGCAAAAGUGAUUGUCACGACGUCAAGAUUUUCCAAAACUGUCACGGAAUAUUAUCAACGCAUGUAUUCGAGGUACGGGGCUGCGGAUUCUACGCUAGUGGUUGUACCUUUUAAUCAGGGAUCGAAGCAAGAUAUAAAAUCGCUUGUUGAUUAUAUCUACGAAGACGCUAAAAAGGGUGGACUUCAAUGGGAUCUGGAUUAUGUGAUCCCGUUUGCCGCGAUCCCAGAAAUGGGAAUUGAGAUCGAUGCCAUUGACUCUAAAUCUGAAUUGGCUCAUCGAAUCAUGCUCACCAAUUUGCUGAGACUAUUGGGGGAGAUAUCGUCCAAAAAAAGAGAUAGAAAUAUUCAAACUCGCCCAGCUCAGGUAAUUCUCCCUCUAUCUCCCAACCAUGGCACUUUUGGCUCCGACGGUCUAUACUCAGAAUCCAAGCUUGGGCUCGAAACUCUCUUCAACAGAUGGCAUUCGGAGUCGUGGUCAUCCUACUUAACCAUUUGCGGAACAGUGAUUGGCUGGACUAGAGGAACGGGAUUAAUGUCAGGGAAUAAUAUCAUUGCAGAGGGAAUCGAGAAGUUGGGCGUCCGCACUUUCUCUCAAAAGGAAAUGGCAUUUAACAUUCUGGGUCUAAUGACGCCGGAAGUCAUGGAACUUUGUGAAGAAGCUCCAAUAAUGGCGGACCUCAAUGGCGGACUGCAAUUUGUCGAGAAUCUUAGAGAGUAUACAAAUAAGCUGAGAUCGGAUAUCAACAGAACCUCGGAUGUUCGCAGGGCCGUUAGUAUGGAAACUGCUAUCGAGUAUAAGAUUGUAAAUGGUUCAGGAGCGGAUGAUCCAUUCAGCAAAGCAGAGAUCAAACCAAGGGCUAAUAUGAAAUUUGAAUUCCCAAAUCUAAAGUCUUACAAGGAGCUCAAAGCACUGGCUCCAGAUCUUGAAGGAAUGCUUGAUUUGGAAAGAGUAAUUGUGAUAACAGGCUUUGCAGAGGUCGGUCCAUGGGGAAGUUCCAGAACUCGAUGGGAAAUGGAAGCUUACGGUGAAUUCUCUCUAGAAGGUUGUGUUGAGAUGGCUUGGAUUAUGGGAUAUAUCAAGUAUUUCAAUGGCUCCAUUAAAGGAAAGCAGUAUACUGGCUGGGUUGAUGCGAAAUCCAAUCAGCCUGUGGAUGAUAAGGAUGUCAAAAAGAAAUACGAAGAGGACAUUCUUAAUCAUUCUGGUAUCAGACUUGUGGAGCCGGAAUUAUUCCAUGGGUAUGAUCCAAAGAAAAAGAAAUUCAUUCAAGAGGUUGUUGUUGAGCAUGAUCUUGAGCCGUUUGAGACUGAUCAAGCUACCGCAGAACAAUACAAAGCCUGGCACGGGGACCAUGUCGAAUGCUUCCCUAUCGAAGGCGCUGAGGAAUACUCGGUCAGAAUUUUAAAGGGUGCCAAGCUUUUCAUUCCGAAAGCUUUGCGAUUUGAUAGGCUAGUUGCUGGACAAAUCCCAACUGGGUGGGAUCCUCGCACUUAUGGUAUUGAUGAUGACAUCAUUUCGCAAGUUGAUCCAAUAACACUUUAUGUUCUAGUCACGGUUGCCGAGACUCUCUUGAGUUCCGGUAUCACAGAUCCUUAUGAGUUUUACAAGUAUGUUCACGUGUCUGAGGUCGGAAAUUGUUCUGGCUCCGGAAUGGGUGGAGUUUCUGCUCUCAAAGGCAUGUUCAAAGACAGAUUUCUGGACCAACCUGUUCAGAAUGACAUUCUCCAGGAGUCGUUCAUCAAUACCAUGUCUGCCUGGGUGAACAUGCUUUUGCUAUCCUCCUCUGGCCCAAUAAAAACUCCAGUUGGAGCAUGUGCAACGGCACUUGAAUCUGUUGAUGUGGGAAUGGAAACGAUUUUAUCAGGAAAAGCAAAAAUUGUGAUUGUGGGUGGUUAUGACGAUUUCCAGGAAGAAGGAUCUUACGAGUUUGCAAAUAUGAAUGCUACUUCCAAUGCAGACGAAGAAUUUGCUCACGGACGCACGCCUGCUGACAUGUCGAGGCCUACCACCACUAGCAGAAGCGGAUUUAUGGAAGCUCAAGGUUCGGGAUUGCAGAUUUUAAUGACAGCAGAACUCGCUCUUAAAAUGGGCGUUCCUAUAUAUGGUAUUGUUGCGAUGGCAUCUACGGCAAGUGACAAAAUUGGAAGAUCUGUGCCUGCGCCAGGAAAGGGUAUCUUGACCACUGCUAGAGAGCAUCACGGAGAUUCUAAGUUCACAUCACCUAAACUGGAUAUCAAAUACAGAGCGAGACAAAUCAAAGCGAGAGCUUCGCAGAUCAAAACUUGGGUUGAGGAAGAAUUGUCAUUGCUAUCGAAAGAGGCCAGCGUUCUUGCAAAGCAGGAUUCCUCCUUUGAUGAAGAAGGAUUUUUGGCUGAACGGGCUGAGGAAAUUCGAAAAGAAGCCAAAAGUCAGAUCAAAGAAGCCCAAAGAAUGUAUGGCAAUGACUUCUGGAAGAACGAUCCUCGUAUUGCACCAAUACGAGGCUCAUUGGCCACAUUCGGUCUAACCAUCGAUGAUUUGGGUGUGUGUUCUUUCCACGGAACAUCUACUAAAGCAAACGAUAAAAAUGAGACUGCGGCUAUCGACAAGAUGAUGAGCCAUUUAGGACGUACGGAAGGAAAUCCCGUAUAUGGUGUUUUCCAGAAGUAUCUGACGGGACAUCCCAAGGGCGCUGCUGGUGCAUGGAUGCUUAAUGGUGCUUUGCAAAUUCUUCAAACGGGCAUUGUUCCGGGAAACAGAAACGCCGACAAUGUUGAUAAAGUCCUGGAAAACUAUGAUUUUGUCCUCUUUCCUUCGAGAACGAUAAAGACGGACGGAAUAAAAGCAGUUUCUAUAACCUCAUUCGGUUUUGGACAGAAAGGUGCUCAAGCAAUUAUUGUCAAUUCAGACUAUCUAUAUGCAGCACUGUCUGAAAAAGAGUAUCAGGAGUAUCGAAAGUUGGUUGAAACAAGAUACAAGAAAGCAUAUCGGUACAUGCACAAUGCCAUGUUGACAAAUUCUCUUUUUGUUGCUAAAACAAAGGCCCCUUACACAGACGAUCUGGAAGAGUCUGUGUAUUUAGAUCCUCUAGCUCGUGUUACAGCAACAAAAGGUAAUAAGCUUACUUUCAAGGAUUCUGAAAUCCAGUCCUCUAAAUUAUCCAACUGUCCAUCGAUAGAAACAGCUGAGCUACUCAAGAACAUGGCCAAUGGACUGACUGGGGAAAAAGGUGUUGGAGUUGACGUCGAGUUGUUGUCCACCGUCAAUAGUGAAAACGAAACCUUUUUGGAAAGGAACUUCACAGAUACCGAGAUUCAAUACUGUAUAUCCUCUCCAUGCCCGAGGGCGUCUUUUGCUGGAACCUGGUCUGCUAAAGAAGCGGUUUUCAAAUCGUUGGGCGUAAAGUCCAAAGGAGCUGGUGCGUCUAUGAAAGAUAUUGAAAUUAUUCGGGACGACAACGGAGCUCCAUCUGUCAGACUCCACGGGGAUGCCAACACAGCCGCUUCUAGUCAAGGGGUAAAAGCAAUCAAAGUUUCUAUCGCUCACGAUGAUAUACAAUCGAUCGCAGUUGCGAUAUCGGAGUUCUGA